AUGCCGACAGUCUCGUCACUGGCUCGGCGAGCUCGAGUCGCGAUGUAUAUUCCGGAAGUGACAACAUGUCAGUGUCACAAAGAUGAACCCCCGCCGUGGACUGGGGAAAUCCAUGGGUUGAGUCAGGCUCUCAUGUCAAAAUCUCUCCCUUUACGAGCAUUCUGGUGGUUGGUGCUCACUCUAUGCGUUGUUUGUGGAGUCACAACAACAACACUUGUCAUUAUCGAAUACAUCAAAGGGCCCACAUCAACGUCGACAACGAUUCGAUUGGUCGAUAGCCUCGAAUUGCCCGGGAUCACGAUUUGCCCCAAAAUCCCCGAUAUUUUCGAUGAAGAGCCUCUAUUCCGAGAUCUCUCCUCAGCACUCCCAAAUGUCUCAUACAGAGUUCAACUUGAUGUUUUUCGUUAUUUCAUUGCUGGAAACGGGUUAGAGAAUAUGGAUGAUGUAGCCAAAUAUAACCAAUCAUAUCUCCAACAAUUGGACGCAUAUUAUCGAAUUUGGUCACGCGGGUACACCACACAGGACUUCUUUUUUCUCAUUCAUGACAAGUACGGGUAUAGUUGUGAACAAUUUUUCUUCUCUUGCAAUUUCGCUGGCAAAGCUUUGAACUGUUGCACUGAAGUCUUUGAUAAAAAGAUUGUGAUUAGACGGGGUGUUUGCUGGCAAACGAAACCAGGAUUAAAUCAGAGUGAAGCCGACGAUGUGGGACGAUUAAUUUUAAGCAUGAGAGCGCUACGAUCAAUGACUUCACCCGAAUAUAACUAUACACAGCCUCAACUACUCGUUUAUAUCACUGAUAAUCACGAUUAUGUUGUCGAUUACCCCCGCUAUUAUCUCUAUCCACAGCAGUGGAGUCGGAUGCGUUUCACUGCCAGAUUCAUGGAGCUGAUUCAGAGCAAAGAUGUCUGCAUAAACAAGCUCUUCGGGAAAGAUGCGGAAUGCGUGAUUAGGCGAUGGUUGGAAGCGAAUAUCAUCAUUCCAUUCAAUUGUACCCUUUCAUAUUUGAAAGGAGUCAGCAAAUUGCCGAAAGAUUUACAGGUUUGCGAUCCGUCAUUGAUUGUAGCCAACUAUAUCAACAAUAUUCAACUCGUUUGGACCAAUGGAUCAGUGACUGAAGAGUGUAUUCCCGGUUGUAAACGAUGGGAUUACACAGUCUCACUCCAACAAAAUCCAAACAUUGAUGCAUUUGAUGGAUACGCUUUCAACCUUGAAACCUCCUACAACGAUUUACAAUAUGAAUAUGUAAAAGAGUCGUACACCACAUCUGUGCCUGGGUUCAUGUCACAAAUUGGAGGUCAAUUCGGUUUCUUCUUGGGUCUCUCGAUAAUCACAUUCCUUCAAAUGACGAUUUAUUUCAUUCGUUGGGUGGCGGUGAAUAUCGCGAAAAGAAUGCAUCGACUUUACAGGACAUUCUCGUCGGCGGAUAGCUCGGAAAAGCCGAAUUUAGAUAGCAUGGUAUUGCAAAGUCUUCGCCCAAACGGCCAUCUCAUUCAUCCAGCCGAAGAAAUUCGUCCUGAUCGUUUAACAAUCAGCACAAGACCAAGAAUCAAGAUAAAAAGAAAAUUGAAAGAAAAUGAUCCAACAAAACUCUCAACGAUUGACACUGGAGCGAUUAGAAGUGAUAGUUGGGAACUUCGGAAUGGAAUUGAAAGAAGAGACUCAACUAUACCA